AUGAGAGUGACUGUGCAUCAGGAAGCGCAGGUUCUCAAGAUGGACACACCUCUCCAGUCCACUGAAGAACCCUUAGAUAAGGAAGAGAACAAACUGCAAAACCAGGAUGAGGAGUUGGAGUUUAAGGAACUGGACGGUCUGAAGGAAGCCUUGUCAAACCUUCGGGGACUGUCUGAGGAAGAGAAGAGUGAGAAGGCAAUGCUUCGUUCCCGUCUGGAAGAGCAGUCCCAGCUCAUCUGCAUCCUGAAGAGGAGAUCAGAUGAGGCCUUGGAGCGCUGCCAGAUCCUGGAGUUACUCAAUACAGAGCUGGAGGAGAAGCGGAUGGAGGAAGCAGAGAAGCUGAAGGCCCAGGAUGAGCAGGCCCGGAAGCUGGAGGAACGCUUUAUGACUCUGGCAGCCAACCACGAGUUGAUGAUCCGCUUCAAAAAUGAACAUAAGCAGCAGAAUGUCAAGUUGAGGGAGGAGAAUGAGAAGUUGAGACUGGAAAACGACAACCUCUUCAGUCAAGCUUUAAAAGACCAGGAGGCCAAAGUAUUGCAGCUCACCACCCAAAGCGAGAUCCUCACUAAGGAGCUGGAGACCUUGAAACAGAGUUGUCUUCAGGAUGCCAGGCAGGCACAGGCCCGAGAGAAGGAGCUGCUCGAGCUGCAGAGCCAGCAAGCCUGCGUCCACACCAAGGAGACAAACCAACUGCGCAGCCAGCUGCACAGCCUCAAGCAGCAGCACCAGCAGGCCGUGGAACAGAUGGCAAAGGCUGAGGCAGUACAUAGCCACUUGAAUCAAGAGUUGCAGACCAAGCUGCAGCUCGUCACCCGUGAGAAAGAGGAGCUGCUGCAGCUAUCCAUGGAAAGGGGCAAGGUACUUCAGAACAAACAGGCUGAGAUCCGCCAGCUUGAGGAGAAGCUGGAGACAACAGAUAUGGCCAGAAGGCAUGCUUUAGAGCGGUUUGAGCUAGAGGCAGUGGCUGUGGACAGCAACUUGAGAGUCCGGGAGCUUCAACGCAAGGUGGAUGGGAUCCAGGAGGCUUAUGAUGAACUCAGGCUGCAGUCUGAAGCAUUUAAAAAGCAUAGCCUGGAUCUUUUAAGCAAGGAGAGAGAACUCAAUGCUAAACUUCGCCAUCUCUUUCCAUAA